GAGCGUGAGAUGCAUGCUAACCAGUGCAGCGAAUGUAUAGACAGCGCCUAAGCACGAAGGCAGCAUAUGCGCAACUAACCGAUCACUAUUCUUGUCGUAUUGUUCAAUUGCUCUAGGGUACCAUGCGCCGGUUUCACUCUUAGGCCCAACUUGCAAUUAUGGGGCAAUUAUGGGAUCAUGUAUGCGGCAUAACGAGAUCGUGUGAUAGUGUCGCUGUGCACAUCAUUAUGUGCACGUCGUAUUUCGAAUCUCAACACUUUGAUCUACAACGCCGAGGCAGCGACAUUUCAAAGGACCCGAUGAAUACGAACGCCUCAGACCUUCCUGAAGACUGGAAACCACCAUCCUGGCCCUUCGCUCGGUUUUGCUUCACUGGAAUUUGCUUGUUCGCUCUCAGCGAGCCUGAUCUCGAGGAAUUGUGGCAGAAGCAAGAGGUAGCCCGCUUCGUGACUUUGCAGGCAUUGACAUUCAAAAUGCUAGUAGCGCCUAGAUUACAAACCCUCGACCACACAUUCCAAGUGGAUUACCAACUGCUGAUUUACGUGGCAUACCUGUGGGGUCUCCUGGCGCUGGGUUGUGAAUGGUUGCUUUUCAGAACCGGCUUAAGACUGGCGAACGACCAGUCCAGAGGGGUAGGGAAAUUUCCAGAGUCAUUGACCCCAGAACCAGAAACCGUUCAAGAUGACGCAUCCCAUAAAUUGAAUCGACGUUUCUGGAGACACAACAACAGUAAAAGGAGGAUUGCGGCCUUGAACAAGACGCCACAGGAGAAAUUUGGACAUCAUGGCGAGGAUGAGAAGGUGGUAGUCUACUGGGCCCCUAGCCAACAUGAACACGGUCCAGCUGUCAUGUGA